AUGUAUAUAUUGAAAUCCAAGGCACUGGCWUACGUUUCUGGUUCUCCUGCAAAGGCUGAUACAGUUCCUGAAAAGUUUAAAGAUCAUGUAGAGAAAAGAAAUUCAAUACCUGUGCAAGCUAAAACUGACAAGACAUUGACUUUAGGAAAGUUCAUAGCUGCAAUACUGCAUCACAGCACGGACAUACUCUACAUUAGUGAAGUAUCAAAGAUGGAUGACAGUUCAAGUAAAAAUAYAGCAGUAGAUAAAAAAGGUAGUUCUAGGGUAAAAAGACAGUCAUUGAUGCCUUGCUAUGUAGACAGAAGACAGACAAGGUCUUGUAAUAAACCAACCAAUAACUUAUCGAGCAAUCAUGCUAUAGAGACAACUUCAAGCAUGGCAAACAGCGACAUUAAAAAUGUUUCACAUAAGGGUGAAAACUCCCUUUCAUGUCAAAAGGUUUUGACGGAAUUUUUCCCUACCAAGAACUCACCAAAAAUAUUGAAAUCAGACAAAGGAUGUCCUGGUUCGUCAGAGUUAGAAAUAGAAAAACAGACUAAGACAGCAAACAGCAUUAAAGAGGAACGCCCUUCCCAAAUUGCAGCAAAGAAGAAAAACGAACUAAACGGAAAAGAAAAAAAUCCACCAAGAGAAUGUAAUGUAAAAAAAGUGCCAUCUAAUGUACCAGAUGGUACAAUCAAGAGGAAAAGAGGAAGGCAUUUCAAGAACGAACAAAGUAACCAAUCAAAUAAUACAGAAAUAGAUUCAAUGCAAGCUGGCAGCUAUAAUCUGAAAAGGAAGAUAAUAGGUGAAAAUAAAGCUUGUGGUCAAUCUCACAUAGAAAUCAAGAAAAAGAGAGGAAGGCCUAGUAAGAAYGAACACUCUUCCAUUAUAGCAAAAAWCACAGAAACAACUAUCUCUGCACAUACUGGAGAAGAAAGGGCAGCUCCAUCCUCAUCUGAUGGUGAUACUAUCAAUGACGAAAUCAUCAUAGAUAAGGCAGUCCGUAAGAAGAGAGGAAGAAGUAGCAAGAAUAAGCAAUCUUCCAUSUCAACAAAUACUACCAAAACAAGUGCACCUUCAUCAUCAUCUGAUGGCGAUGCUAUCAGUGACGAGAUCUUCAUAGGUAAAGUAUUCUCUGUUCAACUGGAUGAGGAAGUCAGUAAGAAACAAGGAAGACGUUGUGAGAAUGAGCAGUCCUCCAUCUCAACAAAUAUGGUAGAAACAAAUACAGCUACAUCAGCAUCUAAGGGCGAUCCUUUCAGCAAUGAGGUAGAAAAAGUACCAUCUGUUCAAWGGGACCAGCCAGGUCAAGACUGUAGAGGAAGAGCCAGUAAGGGCAAGCAGUCCCCUAUCACAUCACAUUCUCYAGAAUCAAGUAUAUCUACACCAAUCUCCAACAAAGAUGUGACAGCUUCAAAUAAUCAAAUGUCAUCGGAUAAGUCUUUUGAUGAAAAAAUAAAGAAGAAACUACCAAGCCAUUGCCAUUUGGACGAAAGCAUUAAUCCGGCCCUAAAAACAUCUGAAAGUGUUGCUGCCAACACUGAUAUUGCAGUAUGCAAGAGCCAAAGUGCAUGCAGUAUUCCCGUCAAUGCAAUAUCCCAGACGUUUUCAACAAAAGAAUGCCAAGUUGUACCAAUUUCUGAUGGYAAUUCUACAUGUGAUGCACAAGUCUCACCAAGCCUGGGUGGAAGUUCUGAUAACAGUUCACAGGAAGAACUAACUUCUGAUAAUCAUKACGUGCCAAGUGGAUUACCCAAUGGUCAAGCAUCUAGGGGUAAUUCAGAAUAUACUGCAUAUGAUCAGGCAGAAAAGUCGUCUUUAGCAGGCAGUGAAAGUGAAGAAGCCAUAGUACCAUCAGUUACCAGAAAGCCGUCAAAUAAAGAGUCCAAACCAAUAACACCCCAAGAAGCACCUGACGUUGCAGCCAAUGCUGGUGAAGAACAACCUUGUAUCACUGGUUUGGUGGAAGCUGAGGAAACGGAAAACCCCAACAAAAUGGUUGAAGAGGAAAAGAAAGAAMAAACAAUGUUGUCCUCUGAUGAUUCCAAAGUUAUUGUAACAACACCCAAGUCUGCAUCUGAUGGCAAUGAUAUUGAAGUACAACCUUUCAUAACUGCUUCGAUGGAAGCAGAAGAAAAGAAGUUACAUGACAAAAUGGUUGAACAAGACAAGAAAGAACAAUCRUUGAAAAUGGACGAUUGGUUAACAAUGCAAGAGGCCCAGCGAUUUUCCAGGUUGCAGCAUUUACUGGACAAAUCRCACAUCUACACCCAGUUUCUACUGAAACGAAUUGAGGAACAAAAGGAACAGGAAGAGAAGAAAGAGAAAAGGAUUGCAAAGAGACAGGAAAAUAAGGUUAUCAAGAAGGGAGCCAAAGACAAUCAGGUCAUCAGAAAAUCAAGAAGAAAAAACGAAAAUCAAGACAGUGAAGAGCUACAGAGUGUCCCAAACAAUGAACCAGCUUUAAAAACCAAAAGAGGCAGAAAACGAAAAGCAARCAGCAAAUUAACUGAUUACAUUACUGAAGAGGCUCUAGUAAAAAGACAAAAACUAUCAGAUCAAAAAAGUCCAGUCAAUAAAAGUCCACUUAUCGCUUGCAAACCAGAUCAAUGUGUUCCAACAUCACCACAAGGUGUUUCUGAAAAGGUUACAUAUCUUAUUGAGAUGGGUGUCAGAGGACCUUUUCUUGUGGCAGCACCUUUGUCUACUUUACCUAACUGGGUYUCUGAAUUCCAAAGAUUUACACCAAAGAUCCCAGUGGUUUUGUACCAUGGCAGCAAAGAYGAUAGAACCAGGUUAAGAAGAAAGGUUAACAAGAUGAUUGCAGUAGAUCAAUACCAAACACAGCCUGUAGUUAUUACAUCCUAUGAAAUUUGUAUGAAUGACCAGAAGUUUCUUGCUCAUUUACAAUGGAAACACUUGAUUGUAGAUGAAGGACAUCGCAUCAAGAAYUUAAACUGUAGACUUAUCAGGGAACUAAAAACWUACAACACUGCAAACCGUCUUUUGCUGACUGGAACACCAUURCAAAAUAACCUACAAGAGUUAUGGUCCUUGCUCAACUUUCUCUUACCUGAUAUCUUUGAUGAACUGAGUAGUUUUCAGAGAUUAUUUGAUUUUGAUGCAAUUGGAGAGGAGGAAAGCAAUGAGAAAAUCAUAGCACAAGAGAGAGAACAUCAAGUUUUGGAACGSCUUCAUGCCAUCCUUACUCCAUUCCUCCUUCGUCGMUUGAAAGCCGAUGUUGAAUUGUCACUGCCUCCUAAGAAAGAACUACUAGUCUAUGCUCCCUUGACUGUCAAACAGACAACGUUCUACAAAGCAGCUCUUGAUAGGUCUAUCUUGGGCAUUGUUGGUUCAAAUAAGAWUAAAACUGAAGAAAGUGUUGAACUCACACCAUCAGGAAGACCUAAGCGAAAAAAUAGAGUGAACAUUGACUACACUAUGUUUGAUACUGAAGACUUAGAAGCACUGUCCAAGAAACUGAAGGAUCUUCAAGACGCAAGGCGCUCUGAUAAACCUGUUUCAAAGUUUCAAAAUCAAGAUUACGAAGUUCAUGUACCAAUAAUGAACAUUCUAAUGACUCUACGGAAGUGCUGUAAUCAUCCUUAUCUACUUGAGUAUCCUCUCGACACAGCCACAGGCCAGUUCAAAGUCGAUGAAGAGCUUGUGAGGAGUUCGGGGAAAAUGAUGUUACUKGAUCAACUUCUCACUGAACUCAAGUCGCGAGGUCACAAGGUUCUUAUAUUCUCACAAAUGACUAAGAUGUUGGACAUCAUCGAAGACUAUUGCUAUUAUCGUAAAUACCACUUCUGUAGGCUAGAUGGCUCAGUAAAAUUUGAAGAAAGACGAGAACAGAUCAACGAUUUCAAUACACACCCAGACGUUUUCCUCUUCUUGCUUAGUACUCGUGCUGGUGGACUGGGGCUGAAUCUUUCWGCUGCUGAUACUGUGAUCAUUUUYGACAGUGAUUGGAACCCACAGGCUGACCUCCAAGCUCAAGACAGAUGCCAUCGUAUUGGGCAGACUAAACCUAUUCUAGUAUACAGACUAGUGACGGCUAACACUGUCGAUCAGAAGAUGGUGGAAAGAGCUGCCAGUAAACGUACACUAGAGAAGCUUGUCAUUCACAGAGGUAAAUUCAAAGGUAAAAUGGAAAACAACGCCAUAAGCGCCGAAGAAUUGAAAGACCUUUUGGAGUCAUCUCAUGUUGAUCAUGUGGUCGCCAAUGAGGCGUUCACACUAGGCAAAGACGAACUAAACUCACUGCUGGACAGGAGUGAUCUUAUUGCCAAGCAACGAGAAAACUGCAAUGCUAUUAAUAACGUUAAAAAUCAAACUGAUAGUGCUCACUUCAGGGUUAUAGAAGAUUCCAGAGAGCCGUGACUUUCCAUCUUUCUGGACCAUGAUAAAUCUAUUGCGUCUUGUAAAACAUAUUUGUAUUCUUCGGUUCUCAUUCAGUUCAUUUAUACUUCAACAUGUUGUUCUAUCAUUUCCAUCCUUCAUUUCCAGUUGUGUUAUUUAUCUUUAGAGUAAAAGUAAGUGAGUAAAAUUUCUAUUGGAACAUUUAGAGUGAUAAAUAUAUAUUCGAGAAGAUGUAUUUUUAUGAGAGAUCAAAUUUUAAUUAAUAAAUAUUUUUU